AUGAGCUCAAAUCACGAUCAUUCGUUGAUUGGCUUUGGAACAAUCGCUGUGCAUGCUGGACAAGAACCCGAGAAAUGGGAUUCGAAUCAGGUGGUCGCCCCAAUCUCCCUCUCAACCACUUACAAAUGGGAACGAGCCGGGGAAAAGCCGAAUCACACGUAUUCCCGAUCGAGCAAUCCGACUCGAGAAGCAUUACAGCAAUGUCUAGCAGCUCUGGAAAAGGCGAAAUAUGCAACUGUUUACUCGUCGGGAGUUGCUGCUGGAAUGGCCGCUUUGAAUCUGUUGCAAGCUGGAGAUCAUUUCGUUGUUGACUCUGGGUCUUACGGGGGAACGCUGAGAUAUAUGAAAGAUAUUUGUGUUGGUAAACAUGGACUUCUCAGCACUGUCACCGAUUUCCUCGACUAUGAACAUUUUGCUGAAGAGAUCAAAGAAAAUACAAAGUUGGUUUUCUUUGAAACCCCGACGAAUCCGAUGCUGAAUAUCAUUGACAUUUCAAAAGUCGUCAGAAUUGUCAAAGAGAAGAACCCGAAAAUUCUUGUUGUUGUCGAUAAUACGUUUGCGAGUCCAUAUUUUCAGAAUCCACUCUCACAUGGAGCUGAUAUUGUUGUUCAUUCAAUGUCCAAGUACAUCAACGGACAUUCCGAUGUGGUGAUGGGAGCUGUUAUGACGAAUUAUCCGGAGAUUCACCAAGAGCUGAGAAGAAUCCAAAAUGUUGGCGGUUCAAUCCCUUCGCCAUUCGAUUGUUGGUUGGCUCUUCGUGGAAUCAAGACUCUUCACCUCCGAAUGGAAAAACACGCUCAAAAUGUAAAAAUCCUGGCUGAAUACUUGGAAAAACACGAUGGAGUUGAAAAGCUAGUUUGCGUCGCUUUACCGAGCCAUCCUCAUUUUGAGUUGAACAAUCGACAAGCAAGUGGAGCACCUGGGCUCAUCUCACUUUUCGUGAAGGGCGGACUAGAGAAAGCGACUUGUUUUCUGAAUUCGUUGAAGAUUUUUACUUGCGCCGAAUCGUUGGGUGGAGUGGAAUCCCUGGCGGCUCAUCCAUCUCAAAUGUCUCAUAAAGAGUUGAGUCGAGAAGAAAGGGAAAGAUUGGGGAUUAAAGAUCAUUUGGUUCGCCUCUCGGUGGGUAUCGAGGACCAUCGAGAUUUGAUCGCCGAUCUUGAGCAAGCUUUCAAAAAAGUCCAAGAAUUG